AUGUUCGGAAUCGCAGCCCUUCUGCUAUUGCUCCUAGCAACAACAUUUGCAACAGCAGCGCCCAACUGCCCACCCCUCGGCCCCGUCUUCGAAAAGCCGCGAAACUUCAAGUCCAGCGCCGCCAUCCGCGCCGCCCUCGCCAACCUGACCGAGACCUUCCAGGCCCGCGACGCCGACAACUCGGCCGCCGUCCGCGCCAACAUUACGAGCUACAGCCUUGAGGUGUUCAGCAUCAGCGACACCGACCCGGUCGUCUUCAGCUGGCACCACACCGCGCCCGCGCACGCCUCGAGCAAUGUCACCAAUGGCGGAGUCAAGGAGACGGACGCCGACACGGUCUAUCGCCUGGGCAGCUUGACCAAGAUCUUUACGGUUUAUACGUGGCUGGCGCAGGACGGGGAUGUGAGGUGGAAUGAGCCGAUUACCAAGUAUGUGCCGGAGCUGGCGAAGGCGGCGGAUAAGGCGAAGGAUGAUCCGGUCGGGAACGUGGCGUGGGGGGAGGUGACGGUGGGGAGUUUGGCUGGACAGCUUUCGGGGGCUGUGAGGGAUUAUGGCCUGAUGGGCGAACUUACUCAGACGGUGGACCAGAACACCGCGGUUCAGCUUGGGUUUCCGGCUCUGAAUAGCUCGGAUCCGACUCUGCCCAAGUGCGGCGUUUGGCCUCAUUGUAACAGGACUGCCUACACCAACACCGGCUUCCAAAUCCUCGCCUACGCGCUCGAGUCCAUCAAGGGCAAACCCUUCCAGACACUCAUGGAGGAAUCCAUCCUCCACCCGCUCAACCUCUCCCACACCUUCUACAACAAGGCCCCCUCGAACCUCGGCAUCAUCCCCGGCCCCGGCACCCCCUCCGACGCCCAAUGGGACUACCAACUCGGCGACGAAAACCCCGCCGGCAACAUGUACUCCUCCGUCCGGGACAUCUCCGCCCUCGGACGCUCCAUCAUGCGCUCCACGCUGCUGGCUCCCGUGCUCACCAACCGCUGGCUCAAGCCGGCCGCCUUGACUUCCGAACCCAACGCCGGCGUCGGCUACCCCUGGGGCAUCCGGCGCAUCGUUUUGUCCAGUGUAACCAACGGCAAGCGCGUCGUGGACGCGUACAACAAGGCCGGGAGAAUCGGGUACUACAACUCGCUGCUGAACCUGCUGCCGGACUACGGCGUCGGCUUUUCCGUUUUGCUGGCUGGCCCGAACCUGCCCGCCAACGCGAACUUCAACCUCGCGGAUGUGCUGGGCGAGCAGUUGUUGCCGGCGUUGGAGGCGGCGGCGCGGGAGCAGGCGCAGGAUACCUAUGGCGGGAGUUACUACUCAAACGGCGGCGGGAACUCGUCACUGAAAAUCACCACCCAGCCUGACCGCCCGGGCCUGGGCAUCGAGAACUGGGUGUCCAACGGGACGGACAUGCAGUAUGUUGCUGUGGUGCUGGCGGCGGGGUACGCGCCCGUGAAUCCCUCGAUUAGACUGUACCCGACGGGUUUGGAGACGACGGUGAUCCCGGGGGAGAUGGAUCGGGAGAAUGGACGGGCGGCGACAAAGGGGAAGAGGGUGGCGUAUAAGGCCGUGUUUGAGGACUUGAACGUGCCGAGCAGGACGCCCCCGAGUAUGUUCUCGACGGACUGUGGGAGCUGGGUCAGCUUGACGGGGGUCACGUAUGGGAGUAUGCCGCUGGAUCAGUUCUUUUUUGAGGUGGAUGGGAGUGGGAGGGUGGUGAGUAUUGAGAAUGCGGCGUUGAGGAUGGUGAUGAGGAAGGGGUGAAGGGAGGAUAUAAGGGGGUCUGUGAAGUGGAAGUCCGGGGCUGGUUGGGGGAGGGAGGGUAGCAGAGGUUGGAAAAUGAUUUGGAUGAUGAACUCCAGGAGAUGGACGUGGAUGCUUUGCUCCAGGGACACUUGUUGGGGACAAAAUGCGCAGAGGGCAGAAGGAUGCAGACGAUAAAAGAGACCGAUGCACUCAAUUUCCGCUGUUUGAUAGUGUUCCUGAAAGUGACACCCGCAUCGGCAUCGCAAAUGCAUUGAAUUCGUACCGACGACAAAUGAGGUUGAGAAAGCAAAGUCGAGCUCGUCGAGCGCGAAGCAUGAUGGUUGUGUUGUUGGUUGUGUUGUAAUGAGAAAUUACGUCACUGUAACUUGUUGUACAUAAUGCAAAGAUCCGACGCUGUAUGUCAACAAAUCCCAAAGGUUGUGUAGUGUAGUGGUUAUCACUCUGGAUUUUGAAACUUCAAAACUUUCAAUUCUUCCAGUAACCCCGGUU